AUGCAGACAACCGCGAGCCUGCGGGCGAUGCCCUGGCUGCCCCCGCACGACCCGGGGACGCCGGCGCUGUCGGUGGUGGACAUGCACACGGGCGGCGAGCCCCUGCGCAUCGUGCUGGCGGGGUGUCCGGAGGUGGCGGGCCCCACGCUGCUGGAGAAGCGGCGCUACAUGCGCCAGCACCUUGAUCACGUGCGGCGACGACUCAUGUACGAACCCCGGGGACACCGGGACAUGUACGGGGCCGUGCUCGUGCAGAGCGAGCUGCCGGACGCGCACCUGGGCGUCUUGUUCCUGCACAACGAAGGCUACAGCUCCAUGUGCGGUCACGCCGUGCUGGCGCUGGGCCGCUUCGCGCUCGACUUCGGGCUGGUGCCGGCGCCCCCGGCCGGUGCCCGCGAGGCCCGCGUCAACAUCCACUGCCCGUGCGGGCUGGUGGCCGCCUUCGUGGAGUGCGAGGGCGGCCUGAGCCGCGGCCCGGUGCGCUUCCACAGCGUCCCGGCCUUCGUGCUGGCCACAGAUCUCCUGGUGGAUGUUCCUGGUCACGGAAAGGUGGUGGUGGACAUUGCCUACGGUGGUGCAUUUUAUGCAUUUGUUAGUGCUGAGAAGUUAGGACUCGAUGUUGGUUCUGCAAAGAUAAGGGACCUCGUGGAUGCAGCAAGUACAGUGACGGAGGCAGUGAAAGCACAGUUUAAAAUUACUCAUCCUGAUAGUGAAGACCUUGCUUUUCUGUAUGGAACGAUAUUAACGGAUGGAAAAGACACUUACAGUGAGGAGCCAACCACCAACAUAUGUGUGUUUGCAGAUGAACAGGUUGACAGAAGUCCUACGGGCUCAGGGGUGACAGCUCGAAUCGCCUUACAAUGUCACAAAGGGCUUCUAGAACUGAACCAGACCAGAGCCUUUCGAAGCAGAGCGUCCGGCUCCGAAUUCACAGGGAAGGCUGUGAGGAAAGAAAAAUGUGGUGAUUUUAAUGCCGUCAUAGUGGAAGUUUCUGGACAAGCCCAUUACACGGGUACAGCAAAUUUUAUAGUAGAAGACAGCGACCCACUGAGGGAUGGAUUUCUUCUCAAGUGACUUCUGUGACUUUAAGGACUUUCUUUUUAAAGCAACUGUUA